AUGAACCAGUUGGAAAAUCAAAAUUUUACAAAUCCUCGCGUAUUCAUCAUCAGCAAUUUUGGUGUGACCGAGUUUGACUUCGGGAAAUUGUCAGAAUGUCUAAUUCGGGAUGCUCCUGACCUCAAAAGGGAAGCAUUAACUCUAUCAUUAAGCGUUCUAACUGAAGAAAUUAUCAGAGCCAAAGAAAAGUAUCUAAAAAAAAGAAUAUACAUUGUUUCGAUUGCCUCGGCUGCAGCUGCUGCCGUUCCAAUACCAGGGGUGGGCUUUACUGUGGAUAUAUCAACUCUCCUUGAAGAAGCACUGUUUUACCGAAAGCAACUGCGACUCGAUGAUGCGUCAGUUGAAGAAAAUGCCGCGGCUUUGAAUAUUUCAGUCACUGAGUUGAAGAAAAGAUUUAAUCUACAAAGUCAGCUUAUUUCAUACACGGCAAGAGGUCUGCUUGCAUUCUUUGGUUCCCUAGGACUAGCGAAACUUUCUGAAAACGUGUUAAAAGUUGCACUUCCGCUCAUCGGUUGCUUCAUUGCAGCUGGGGUGUCUUAUGGAGUUCAAGUAUACUGUUUAAAACAACUGUUGAAUACAAUGGUAACUGAUGCAUUGACAAUCAAUGCAGAGAUGAAUGUCAUCCUUGCCAGCAAUACCAUUUAA